CACUUUCACAGACACACUCGAUGAAAACAUUGACAUAAAUCUGACAAAUUAAAUGUUUAAUUUUUAAUUAUGAGUUCCGGGUUUAUUACCGAAGCUGAAGCAGCAGAAGUAAGGAAACGGAGGCAGGAAGAAUGGGAAAGAGUCCGUAAAGCUGACGAUCCUAUAGAACGACCCGAGGAACCCUACGACAACCGCAGUUUAUUUGAGAGAUUACAAGAACAGAAACAAAAGAAGGACCUAGAAUAUGAAGAAGCUCACAAACUAAAAAAUAUGAUAAAAGGUCUGGAUGACGACGAAAUACAAUUUUUGGAUUUAGUUGACAGGACAAGAAUAGAAGCAGAUCGCAAAAAGGAAAUCGAGGAGGAACAGGAACUCAAUGAUUACAGAAAUCGUGUAGCAAUACUUCAGGAAAAAUCAGUUGAAGACAGGCUGCAAGCUGAAAUAUCUGUGAACAAACCAAAACCAGCAGUCAGAAACCAUACAUCUCAACAAAAACUUCUGAAAGGUGUGGUAGUCAAAAAGAGGAAGAUUAGUGAACCAGACUCCACAAGUGAAGCCAAACAAGUGAAAACUGAAAAUGGUAAUGGAACAGCGACAGCUCCAGAAUCCACUCAAGGAGAAGAGGUACCAAAUGUUACUAGUGAUAAUUCAGAAGUUCCUCAACCUUCUGCCUUAAAAACUGUUGCAAUAUUGCCUGGUCUGGGGAACUAUGAUGAUUCAACUAGUGAUGAAGAAACCAGCUCCGAUUCUAGUAUUGAUUCAGACGCGCAGCCGAAACUGGAUCUUUUGGGACGAAAGAUAUGUAAAAAGGAACAGUCUUAGUCUAAUGCUUUUUGAUGUUUAAGUACUAUUUAUUUUAUGUAUUACAUUGCAUUUAUAUUCUAAUUUUCACUAAGUGACCGAAUUGCUGUGAAAAUAAUACAAAUAAAGGCAAUGGAAGCAUGUAAUGUAGUAUUUAAUAACGAAACAAGAUUGCCUUUCUUCAUGCUUUUAGAUAUACGCAUCUAUAUAAUACAUGUUGGUUUAAUUUUUAUAGAUUUCUGUUGAGUUUUAAAUUAGAGAUAUAAAAUUGUACGGUGUCUUACAUUAGUUUAGUUCAUUUAUGGUUAAGAUUUUGAGGCAUUGCCAAAGUUUUAACCACACCCUAAAAUUUUAUAUUUGUAUAUCCAUUUAUGUUCUCUGGAUUUUUUACUUGAAGUAAAAAUAAAAAACAAUUUUCUAA